GAACGCCAGGUUGAAGUUCCUUUAUUGGCUGUAAGUUAACCUUUCCAGAGCUUUCCACGGUCGCUUUAUAUACUAUUCACGAACUUUCCAUUUUACCUUUAUAUUGAACAGUGUGAUUUGCUAAUCCAUUCUUGUUGUUCUGCUCGUCCCAUCCGGUCUUCUCUCUGUCCUGUGGGGUCCAGCUACUUCGGGUUUGAUUGGGAAUCAAGCAUCAAUUCAAGCGAAGGACGAACAUUACACCUUUAGGCUACUGGCCGGCACGAAAUGCAGAUAGUAGUCUGUUUUCCAUCCCCGGAGUGGAUUUGGGUGGAUGGUGAACUAUGAACUCGAUGCAUGUAUCGUUGUCCUUCAACCACAGUUUGCACAAAAGCAGAUCAGUGACACCCGUAUAAGCGUCAUCUAUGAACUCACAACGGUGAUUUGUUUUCUAAGAAAUGAUUACUUACCCUCCACUAUCCGUUCUUUCGUUCCGGAGAAGUGAUAUAUCGGCUAGAGGGAUCUCAACGUGGCAAUUUCAAGGUUCAGUCAUUUUUCGGUGAACAUCAAUACAUCUUCAGGCUCAGAAGCCUGACGGUGACCGAGUCCGACCAACUUAAUAAUAAGGCGUGCAUUAGUAUACAAGCAAGUCAGUUUCUCAUAGAAGUUUGAACCCGGAGUGGAGGUUGUGCCGCCCAUUGAGGGGUCGGCCACCAGCCGCUUUCUGAGGAGUCGUUGCGUUUGAAAGUCGGUUGGGUUGUACGACUGAUGUCGGCUCUCCUGGCCAUGAUGGCCCGCUGUGUUUAGUUUUAUUCCGCUAAUGCAAUUCCUUCGCAGAAUUGUAUGAAGGGAACACUCACCAAAUUGGUCGUCCCCAAAGAGUCUUUAGCGGCGGUGGCCGUGUAGCCGCUGCCUUUAACCGAAUUUCUGUAGGCAGCCUCUUACGGAAUUUAGACCAGUUAUCCAACAUAAGUGGUGUCAUUAUCUCAGGCUGAGGAAUCACCAUCAUCAGCCUAAGAUCCUUCCCUUUGUAUUUGGAUAAUACUGAAAUACUUGUUAACUGCUUUGCAAACAUAUUGUCAAUCGAGAGAGCUCCUGGCGGGGUAACUCAGUGGCUCCCGGUCGUGUGAUUUCCCUUCCUCAGAUGAGGAUGUUUGAAGCUAUGGAAUUCCAUAAAAAAUAAUCGUCAGCUGUCCGUUAUAAGUACGAACUUCUUCACGGUUACUAUCCUCUUUCGGACGUUCGUACUAAUUCUCCUCUAGCAUUCAUAUUCCUGUGUCUUGUCUUUGUUAAUCAAUUAAAUAAGAUUUGCCAUUUUCUAGCAUACUUUCCGUCAUUGAUAAUUCCAUACAAUCUUUUGAAUUCUGCUUUGCAUGCUCACAUUUUUGUAUUUCGUUAUUGUUAAUGGUAAAUCCACUGCACUUCCGUCAUCAUUUCAUACUUGAAAAGGGGUACAAACUGGAUUCAGCUUUGAAACAAAGUGCAGUUACUAUCGGUUAAUUCAGCUACCAUUUCUCAUUGAUCGACAAGUUCAAGGUCAGUUUUAAAAUCUACCUGGGGUUAGAUGUUUAGUUCCUGAAAACAUACGGACAGCCGAGCCCAUCGCACGGUGGCAGGAUGCCGACAAAGGAAGCUUCAUUGGGUUUGCUUCAAAAAUGUGAAUAUGUUGCCCCAGGGAAAAUCGGCAUCUGCCGAAAAUCAAUGCUGACAAGGGAGACCUUACAACGACCCAAAACUGGUAAAGCCCUCACUCGAGGAAGGCCAAAGCAACCCCCUGGCUUCACUUAUGGCGUGCCUACUCCGUUGAACCCCAAUGAAAUACUUCAAUGCUUUAACUGGCCCACAGUAGCAAGACGAGAUCAUAUUGAUCCAAAGUGCCUGCCACGAGAUUUUCAUCGCAUAAAUGUAGAAUCCACAAAAGAAGGGAUCCAUCCUGUACCCCAAUGGAUAAAGUUUGCGAAAGAAAAGGAUUAUAGGCUUAACCCCACGAAACGCGUUUUGGGCCGCUUGCGCAAACCAAAAUAUCCCACAGAUAUGAUAUUUGGUCAAAUGGGACGCCCCUCAACGCCCAUGCACUGCAUAAUGUCGCAUCGCUACAAAUCUCUCUGGGACGAAGAGGCACUAGAAUCGGUCGGCAAGCUGGACUUGUACACACGCUAGAGACCCUUGGCAAUGAUAUCUGCUGCCUGAAUCAAACACGACUCCAGGACUCUAACUCGGUCCACCAGUUGGUGUCAUCGCUCCACCCACGCACCCGGUUCCAUCUCCGCCUCUCUGGUGACGCCGAGUCUGCGGCAUAUGGGCAAGUAUAUGUUGGAAUCGCCCUCAGUGCUAGAGCCG